AUGUACAACCAUAAGGAAAUGUCCAGAAUCGAGAAAUGGGGCACUGGUCUCUUCGAGAACGAUAAAGACAUCAGAAUCGUCCGCGGCUUUUCUUAUGAGCGCGGCGUUGGUGGAACGACUGCCAUGCUGCUCUAUCCAACCGAUUUGCUUGCACAACGCGAGCGGCUCGAUGAUGGCGUAGCCAAUCGAAUCUUCAAGAAACAUCUUCCUUGUGACGACGUGCUGGAUCGCACUCUUAUUGACAAUGGCACGAAUCAAAAUGCAAGAAAUCCCGCUGCCUACAAACUCUGUAUUUUUGGUGCCGUCCAACUUCAACACGCACUCAAAUUGUGUGUGAAUGGCAAGCCUUAUAAACCUCAUACCAAAGAUCAACCAAGAGGUUCUAUCCAUACCGAUGAAUGGACUUCUCAGCUCGAUUGGGGUGAUAUUGCGGAGCAUCACGUUUCUUUGUCUGACAGUACCGAUCCUUUCAUCAAAGAGUUCAGUCGCUUGUUCUUCGGUACACACUUCAAAUGUACAGCCGCUGGGGACAACGACUACCCGCAAGAGGCGUGUGGACAUUGCGGCAAGGAAAAGUCCGACGAUGGCGCCCCAUGUCAUCCCUGCUCCCAGUGCGGCCACCGACAUUACUGCAGCCGCAAGUGUGAGCUUGCGCACCGGCCGAAGCAUAAGCUGGUCUGCGAUGACCGUUUCUACAAAGUCGUGGGUAAUCUGGUUGCGAAAUCGCAGAAUCAGGCAAGAGAUGCGGAUAGUGACAUGCGUUCUGGCUCCGAUGUGGGACAGGCUCGGUUAUCCGGCAGCUCGACUCCUGCCACUAAAUUUCCGGAUGGUCCUUUGACAUGCGGUAACUGCGAUGCAUCUAGACUGAGCAGCAGCCGCUCUCCAUGUGUCAGAAAUGUCGCAGACAGUACUACUGCAUCAAGAAAUGUCAAAAGGCCCAUUGGUCAUCACACAAGAAAUUGUGUCUCGCCCGGACUAUGA